UUGAUAAAGGCCGUCUCCGGCUGGAGCCACCUCCCCCCUUCCUUUUUUUUUUUCCGUGCUCCCUCCUUCUAGACUUCGUUUUGUUGACGACACCAACUCUCUCUUUCUCUCUCUGCGCGCGCGUCGCAGACCCAACUUCCCCUCUCUCCCCUAAGCCAGAGAGGGAGAUAUCAUUUUUCAAUACAAUUGCUGGAAAGAACAACCUAACAUCCUUGGUUGUUAUUCACUUCUUCCGUAGGGCCGUAGGAGAAUGCAGCUUUCUAGGGUUUUCUCCGCGGGCUCUCAUUUUUCUGAGAGUUUCGAUUCAGCGACAGGUUAAUGGUAGUCUACUAGAUUAGAAUGAUUCAUUGAAAUUGAGAUGGGCUCGUGUGGGAAAUCAAGCGUAUUAGAAGACGCCUCAAGCGGGCCUGUUAUUGAGCAGCAUUCACACGCAGAGUUUCCAUUGCAGUCUAUUCCUUUGCAGCCGUCUUGUCCAGUACUAACUUGCAAUGCGUUGGAAUCUGAUGUCAAUCACUCCAAUAUGAUGAAGGGAUGUAUGAAUUCGUCUAGAGAGGCUCAGACUCGGUCUGCAAGCACCGUUGAUGUUCCAGAGAUGUCCAGAGAUUCAUUGGUGAUGAACAAAAAUGAAAAUACUGAUAGGUUACAAUGCUCAUGCACAGUAGUAAGUUGCGAUGCCCGCUCUGAUAAGAUGGAAGGUUGUAUGAAUUCGACUGGAGAGGUCCACACAGAAUCUUCAAGCUCCAUUGAUGCUCCAGAGAUGUCCGGAGAUUCAUUGUUGAUGGCAAACAAAACUGAAAAUACUGAUAGUUUACAAUUGUCCUGUCCAGUAGUAACUAGCAAUGCGUUGGGCUCUACUGUUGAGCACUCCAAUAUGAUGAAAGGUUGUAUGAAUUCGUCUAUAGAGGUCCACACAGGGUCUGCAAGCCCUGUUGAUGUUCCAGAGGUGCCCAAAGAUUCAUUGUUGAUGGUGAAUAAAAAUGAAAAUACUGACAUCUUACAACAGUCCUGUUCAGUAGUAACUUGCAAUGUGUUGGACUCUAAUGUUGAUAAUUCCAAUAUGAUGGAAGGUUGUAUGAAUUUGUCUAGAGAGGUACACACUGGGUCUGCAGGCUCCAUUGAUGUUCAAGAGAUGUCCAGAGAUUCAUUGUCGACGGUGAACAAAAAUGAAAAUACUGUUAUGUUACAACAGUCCUGUCUAGUAGUAACUUCUGAUGUGUUGGACUCUGUUGUUGAUCUCUCCGAUAUGAUGGAAGAAGGUUGUAUGAGUUCGUCUUUAGAGGUCCACUCUAGGUCUGCUAGCCCGAUCCAUGCUUCAGAGAUAACCAGAAUUUCAUUGUUGGAGAACAAAAGUGAAAAUACUGAUAUUUUACAAGAGUCUUGUCUAGUAGCUACUUGCAAUACGCUGGAUUCUAAUGUUGAGCACUCCAACCUGACAGGAGGUUGUAUGAAUUCGACUGGAGAGGUGGCAAUUUCCAUUGAUGCUCCGGAGGUAAUUAGAGAUUCAUCAUUGAUGGAGAACAAAAGUGAAAAUACUGACAGUUCACAGCGGUCCUGUCUAGCAGUAACUUGCAAUGCGUUGGACUCUAAUGUUGAGUGCUCUGACAUUAUGGAAGGUUGUAUGAAUUCAUCUAGAGAGGUCUAUGCAGGGUCUGCAAGCCCUAUUGAUGUUCUAGAGAUGUCCAAAGAUUCAUUGUUGACGGUGAAUAGAAGUGAAAAUACUGAGAUGUCACUCCUGGAGAAAACCUCUGAGAAUGAUAGCCAGACUUGUCAGAGUACAUUUUGUGCACAAAUUGAACUUUCUAAUCUAGAAAGUGUCAGGCUGGUGGCAGAAGGAAAACCUCAUGCCGAAGAUGGUAUCAAAAUGCCAUCAGACUUCAUAUUGGCCAGUGGUUCACCUAAGAAUUGUGUUCUUCAGGAUGGGCAGAAGGAUGAGAAGAACAACACGUUCCACUCUGCAGGAGUUUCUUUUGCACUCAUGGAAGGUGAAAACGAUGCUGGUUUUCCAACUGCAACCGGCUUCCUUGUUUGUUGCCACCAACAAAGUGAACAAGAGGACAUAAUGAGGAAUGCUAAUCCAUUUUUGGAGGGCAUGAACGAAGGUGAUUUGAUUUGUGGGAUUGAAUCAGAUGCCUGCAAGCAGACUCAUUCACAGGGCAGUGAAGUACCCACAGAUGUAAUACAUACUGAAGCAGAGGCUAUAAGUGAUCAGCUGCAUGAUCAAAAAGAUGGUGAUGAGAAUAGUCCUUAUAAAGGCUUUGUUGAUAAACAAAGUUUCAUUGAGACACAUGUCCAAGUAUUCUCCUCAUCAGGCCAUCAAAGGAUCUUGGGGAGUUUGCCUGUAGCUUAUUCACCUGGUGAGGCUACCCACUCGGAGAAGGGGAUUGAUAAUAUUGAUACUGAUUUUGAUGCAGAAGAUGUUCUGAAAGUUAAGGGAAAAAAUAAUGAUGUUAUGACUGAAAUAAAUGUUGAAAUGAAGAACAAUAUGUCGCAUGCUGUUAAUGCAUACAAGUUAAAUGACAGUUGCUCCAAAAAAGAUGCCAACUGUACCUUGAGAAAAAUGUUUCCUCCUGAAUCAGAUCUUCCUUCUCUUGAUUAUAUCAGUAUUAGCUCUCCAAAGGAUGUGCCUGAUCAUCUCAAGGAGGUCAAUGGUUCCAUCGGUUAUAGUAGCCUUGUGGGCAAUUCUGGAGAGGCCGACAGUAUUGGGAAAGAUGUUAUACAAGUUGAUUGUAACUCUGAAAGCAAUUAUUCUGGGAAUGCAUCCUUGCCUAUUCGAAGGACUAGUCGAAGAAGUAAAUCUAAUCGUAAGACACAGACUAAAAGAGCUUUGAGGAAAUGCAAAAACAAAACCAGUGUGCCACUCCUAGGUGGGGAUAUGGAGAUGAUCUUGGAGGCUGCUAGAAAGAAAAGAAGCUGUUUCUCUAAACGAGCUCGUUCCUCUAUCUGGGGAUUGAUAGGAAACAUUAAUAAGUUUUUUGAACAAGAUAAUGAGCUUGGAGUUGAUAAAGUUAUGGGUAAAGGAUUGGGGAAGGUGAGAGGUGCCCGUAAAAGUGGCAAGAGAAACAAGAAUGGUGCAAUUUCUAGCUCAUUGAGUUCAAUGAAGAAAUGCUGUGCUUCAACUACUCGUGUUCGUCUGAAGAUUAAGCUGGGGAAAGAAGUUCAAUUAAGUUGUUCAGAUGUCCUGGUUCCAGAGGUUUUGAAUGGUUCAUAUUCUGCUUCUAACGUGGGGCCUGGUCCAGCCUCUCAGGAAAGAAACAGCAAUGCUGGAGAUAAAUUUUCAGAAGAGAUUGCAGUAGACAAGCCUGAAUCUUCAUCAAACAACCUGGAUGGAGAUGCUCUUGUUGUGAAUGGACAAAUGGCAAAUCACCUUUUGGAAGCUGCUGCAACAACAGAAAAAUCAGAUGGGUUCACAGAGGAACUAUGCUAUAUGAUUCCUCCCAAGAGGAUGAUUGAACCGUUGAGAGAGACAGUUAAUGAUAAGGAGAUGGAUCCUGGAACUUCACCUGAUUCAGAAGUUAUCAAUUCAAUUCCUGAAGCCGAGGUUGGAGAAAGACAUCAACAAGGUUUGCAUGAUGCUGUUCUUGAUUCUUCUAAAGUGUCUGAUUCUCUUGGAGUGGUAUCUGGUUGCAGGAGAGGGAAGAAGAAAGACAAGCUUACUUCUUCUAAUAGUUCUAUUGUUGGAGAUGGCUCACAAUGGCUACCGAGGAAAAAUAAAACCAAGCACUCAAAGAAUUGUGGACGUAAAAAGAAUUCCAAUGAAGUUGUUUGCUCCAUAAGUUCACAUGCUUCCCCUGAUAUAAAUGCUGCGAGCAACUCAGUAAGCUAUAAAGAAUUAUCCAGUGAAUCAUUGCCCCCAUCUGGAGAGAUUGAACUUGAAGACCCCACUGAGGCUUUGAAAGUCAAAAAUAGCAUGAAAGUUGAGACUACUUGUGGGCCAAAUGACAAUCAUGGGCUUUUAGAAUCCCAGGGCCUUGAGAAUUUGCUGUCUUCAGCUAGAUCCUCAGGUCGUAAACUUCCUAAAAGUCUUACAUCUUGUAAAAUUGGCACCCCUAAAUCAAAAGCUUCUGAGUCAACGAGUGCGAAAAAGACUGGUAGCAGACGAAGAGAGAAACAACUGAAACCUAUUAAGAGUGAAGUCAAGGGAAAAGCUGUCUCUGAAAAAGUUACCUCUCAAGCAGAAGAUUGUCUGCGUGCAGAACCUGUUGAUGGAAGUUAUACGUUGGAUGAUAUAAAAAUUAAUGCCGGUGACAAGAAGGCAUCAUUUAAUGGAUCCAAUUUGGACAUUUUAGUCGGUACCAGUUUGGAGGAGCAGCAUCCAUCACCUCAUAAUGCAUGGGUGCGCUGUGAUGAUUGUCACAAGUGGCGGCGUAUUCCUGUUGACCUUGCAGAUCUAAUUGAAGAAACAAAGUGCACCUGGACCUGUAAGGAUAGCAACGAUAAAGCCUUUUCUGAUUGCUCUAUCCCCCAAGAAAAGUCAAAUGCAGAGAUCAAUGCAGAGUUGGGAUUAUCAGAUGCUUCAGGUGAAGAAGAUGCUUAUGAAGGCUGUAAAAAUUAUAAGAAGUUGGAAUAUCAACACCCAACAGCUCACCAGGAAUCAACUUUUACCCAUAUUCUUACUAACGAGUUUCUGCACCGCAACCGCAAAACUCAGACUAUUGAUGAGAUAAUGGUUUGCCAUUGUAAACAACCAUCAGUAUAGUUUGGUUGUGGGGAUGAGUGUCUAAAUCGGAUGCUCAACAUUGAAUGUGUUCAAGGAACCUGCCCAUGUGGGGAUCUUUGUUCAAAUCAACAGUUCCAGCGACGCAAGUAUGCCAGCUUGACGUGGUUUAAAUGUGGGAAAAAAGGUUACGGGUUGAAGGCACUUGAGGAUAUAUCUAAAGGGAAGUUUCUUAUUGAAUAUGUUGGGGAGGUGCUUGAUAUGCAUGCUUAUGAGGCGCGGCAAAGAGAGUAUGCUUUCAAGGGUCAUCGGCAUUUCUACUUCAUGACAUUGAAUGGCAGUGAGGUGAUAGAUGCAAGUGCAAAAGGAAACUUGGGGCGAUUCAUUAAUCAUAGUUGUGAUCCUAAUUGCCGUACAGAAAAGUGGAUGGUGAAUGGUGAAAUCUGUAUUGGACUUUUUGCAUUGAGGGAUAUUAAGCAGGGUGAAGAGGUGACAUUUGAUUACAACUAUGUAAGGGUUUUUGGUGCUGCUGCCAAAAAAUGUUAUUGUGGUUCACCUCUAUGUCGUGGUUAUAUAGGUGGUGGUGAUCCACUUAAUGCUGAAGUCAUUGUUCAAGGUGAUUCAGAUGAAGAAUUUCCAGAACCAGUGAUGCUUACUGAAGACGGUGAAAUUGAAGGCAGCAUGCCUAGAUCUGAUGUUAUGCAAGCUGAAAGGAAUUUGUCAAAUGACAGAGAUAUAAUUGAGAAGUCCAUAAGUGAUCGAGUGCCAGGUAAUAAUCAGGAGAAAGAGAACUCUUUAAACCCAUCUCCUCCUGUUUCCCUGUUGCACUGCCCAUUAGAUGUGGAAGAUUCAAUGGGCAAAUUGCCAUCAUCUGACAUGGAAGAAAUUUCUCGACAAAUGGAUGGUGUAAUUAGUACAUCCAUGCCUACUGUACAACAUGUGUCAACAUCAGAGCUUCCUGACAAUAUUUCUUCCAUCCAAAGAAUGGAAGCUUCUGCUACACCUAUUAGUAAAGUGAUAUCAAAUUUUAUUAAGAAUAAAAGGGAAUCCAAGUUUGAAAUUGUUGAAGACAGGCCUGAUUUUCCAAAAACACACCUGGUUGUGAAGACUUCUCGAGCAAAUGGUUUGGUUAAAAAGGGAAAGGUUCAUGCCAAUCAUUCAAAUGGCCUCAAAGCUGCGGUGACAGCCAACAGAUUGCAGGCAGCAUGGAUCAAACCUAAAAAGAUGGUGGAAGGUUCUUCCAAUGGCCGUUAUGAAGCAGUUCAGGAGAAACUUAAGGAGUUGUUAGAUGAAGAUGGAGAAGGAGGAAUAAGCAAAAGAAAAGAUGCAACCAAAGGCUACUUAAAACUUCUGCUUCUCACUGUGGCAUCAGAUGAUAGGAAUAAUGGCGAAGCAAUUCAAAGCAAUCGAGAUCUUUCCAUGAUCCUUGGUGCCCUUCUGAAAACAAAAUCUAGAGCAGUGCUGAAUGAUAUAAUUAACAAGAAUGGUCUACAGAUGUUGCAUAACAUUAUGAAGCAAUACAGACGGGAUUUCAAGAAAACUCCCAUACUACGGAAGCUUCUUAAGGUCUUAGAGUAUCUAGCAGCAAGCAAGAUAUUGACAUUUGAGCACAUCAACAGCGGCCCUCCCUGUCAUGGAAUGGAGAGCUUUAGGGAGUCCAUGUUGUCUCUGGCAGAGCAUGAUGACAAACAGGUGCAUCAAAUCGCUCGAAGCUUUCGGGACAGAUGGAUUCGUAGGCCUUUCAGAAGACAUGGUUAUGUGGACAGAGAUGAUUUUAAGGGAGAAUCUUACAGGAAUUUUAACUGCAAUAGAUUUUCAGCACCACAGAACCAUAAGCGGGAGUUAGACGUUAGACCCACGGAAGCAAUAGAUUGUGCACAGCAAUCAAAACCAUUGACAACCUCGGCAGAUGCUGGUGCCCAGGAGGGUUGCCCUGCACUGUCUUUAGAUGGAUGUAAAGUUGGUGGGACAAAAAGGCGCAAGCGUAAAAGCAGAUGGGAUCAACCUGCAGAGACAAUAUCAAACUUAUCAUCUAGUCCAUGUAAGAGACAAAAUUUUGAUUCUGGGCUAUCAAUGCAUGCUGAUGCAGCUAUUAAAUGUUCUGAUGGAAGUCAGAACAUUAGUGAGGAUUUUCCCCCUGGGUUUUCAUGUCCUGUUCAACCGCAAUUGGGUUCUUUGAAUGCUUCACCUCGCCCUGUUGAUCUUGCUUUGCAAAAUGUGAGCAAUUCUGGGUGUCCCCCACAUACAGUAAUUGGACAUCCAAAGGAGAAAUUUAAUUCUUGCAUGCCUGUGUCAUACGGAAUGCCAUUAUCUUUUGUCCAGCAGUGUGGCACGCCUCAUGCUGAAAUAUCAGGGAGUUGGGUCAGUGCACCAGGUGUGCCUUUCAGCCCAUUUCCCCCAUUGCCCCCCUAUCCGCGGGAUAAUAAAGACUGUCAACCUCCUAGUUCUACUAAUGCUGCAACUGUAGAUCAGCCUGUUGAAGUUCAGCAGCAGGAUAUGUGUGGUCCAGUUGGUUGUUACUCUGACGAUAUCACUCCCAGCACAGCCACUACUAGCCCAAAAGACAUUGACCUUUCACGUGAAGAUGAUAAACAGCUUUACAAACGUUUGAGAGGUUCCUCCUGUGAUUUGGGAAGGAAGUACUUUAGGCAGCAAAAAUGGAAUAAUUCAAAAAUACAUCGACCCUGGUUCAGAAGGAAUGCGUGGGGAUCUAAUGGGAACAGCACUGCUGGCAGUAUAUACCGUGUUAGUGUAGGAGAUGAACCAAGUGAGUCAAAAGUUGCAUAUUCUUCAGAGGAUGUAAUCUGUAGAGCGGAGGAAGAAUUUUACUUAGUCAAAAGCUCUAUCCCUGGAGGAAGUUUAUACCAUUCCGCCUUUUGCUGUUUGAAUAUUGAUCGAACCAAAUCUUCAUGAGCAGAUCACUCAUCUGAGGAGAUGAAGCUGUGUGUAUCAAAGACCUUUCUGUUAAUGUCUGUUCGAUAAGAUUUGUCCACAGGAUCCGUGAUGAUCGGAUGGAGAUUCGUGCAUAAAACCCAUAGUUCACUUUGAAAUCUGCAAGACUAGCUAGUUUCUUCAUUAAGUCUGUCUCUGUUUCCUUAUCUUUAUAGUGUAUAAUUUUCACGUCUUGGCCCAUCAUCAGGUUCAAAUUUACGUUGUUUGAGAAUCUGUUCGAAGUUUUGGCUACGUGUAUAGGGGCUUUGAAGUUGGGAUAUUACUUUAGGAAUGUGCUACGAGUAUGCUUUAGGGGAGAGAUUUGAAAGGGUUGUAUUUUUGUCACUUGACAUUAGUUGUAACUUCCCGCAUUUUUAUUUAGGGUUUGGCUGGUCAUUGCAAUCAAAUGAGAAAUUUUGGUAAGACUAGUUUCAAA